AUGAUUGCAAAUAGUGAAGAAAAAAGGAUGAAGUCAAAAGAUGGUCAGAAUAGCUCUACUCAGCUACAAGAAGCAAUUGGCCUGAGAAGUCCCAGGCUUUUUUUGGAAAGGGAGUAUGUCACUAUCUCUGUGCAAGCACAGCAAGAUAAAGAUUGCCCAAAAAUAUGGGAAUCAUUAAAGCAGGCGUUCAUUUACAAGAAUCCCUGUAAUAUUACAACAGAAGAUUAUCAGCCUUUAAUGGAGUUAGCAAGUCAUCCCAUACCCUGUAACAAGUCACUGUUUUGGAGCAAGACGAAUGAUCUCGUUCAUCGUUAUACAAAGUCCAAUCACAAUUUCCUUACCUUGGAAGAUACCUUGUUGGGUUAUAUGGCUGAUAGGGUUUCAUGGUGUGGAGACCCCUCUGCCCCAGGAAUCAACUACGAAUCUUGCCCAAAACGGACUGAAUGUGAAAGCAACCCUAUUUCUGUGUUCUGGAAAAUGGCAUCCAAGAUGUUUGCAGAAGCAGCAUGUGGUGUGGUUCAAGUGAUGCUCAAUGGAUCAAUAGAAGCUGGAGCUUUCAGAAGCAGCAGCAUUUUUGGAAGCAUUGAGAUCUCUAACUUAAAUCCAGAUAAAGUCUCUGCAGUACAGAUUUGGCUUAUGCAUGAUAUCGGCGGACCUCAAAGUGAAUCCUGCUCUGGAUAUUCCAUAAGGAGGUUAAAAGACACCUUGGAAGAGCGAAACUUGAAGUUCACCUGUGAAGAGAAUCAUAGACCAGUUCAGCUCCUGCAGUGUGUAAAUAAUCCUGACCAUGCGGACUGCAGACUUUGCAGCAGCAAAACGGAAACACCAUGA